AUGCAGAAAGUUAAAAGAAAAUCCAAUGAAGAAGACUCUAGCUCACCUAAGAAGAAGAAAGUGAGUUUUGAAAAUAGUGAUGGCAAGCCGAAACAAGGUGAAAACGCAAAAAAUAAUAAAUUCAAGAAGGAUUUCAAAAAAGAUGCGGCGAAGGGUGUCAGUAAGUUUGUAAAGCCUAAAUUUAAUAAAGAUGGCAAAGGAAACCCUAAAUUCAACAAAGAUGGCAAAGGAAAACCUAAUUUCAGCAAGGACGGUAAAGGUUUCAAGGGGAAAUCCAAUUUCGGCAAAGAUCAGGCGAAAGAUGGCAAGGGAAAGGGCAAUUUUUCAAAAGAUCAGGCUAAUGGCGAGAAACCAAAGUGGUCGGAGAUGAAAAAAGAGAAGAAAGAGCUAAGGCUAGUGAGGCGCAAGGCUAAGACCACUGCUGAAGUGUUUGAAGUGUCUCAUAAAGCUAAACUGUUAGCUGCACAAAUACAGAGGAAAGUAGUAAAACCAGACUUCAGAUUAAACUCCUGCAAAGAACUGCAUUGUUUACUAAAGGGCCAUUACAAAUCCAUAGCCCUAACUCACGAUCUCAGCCGAGUCAUACAAGUGUUACUCAAGUACGGUCCAGACGACAUCAAGAAUGAGAUUACGGAGGAACUAUUAGACUUAAUGGUACAAAUGGUACAGUCAAAGUACGGUCAACAUGCAGUAAAACGUAUCUUGAAAUAUGGUACGGAGUUCAUAAGACAUGAAGUACUAAAGAAAUUCUACGGUCAUAUUGUGUCAAUUGCCACUCAUGCAAUCAGUGCUCCGGUGCUAGAUUACGCCUACGGAGAGUUUGCUACGAAGAAAGAGAAGUGCCAUAUGCAACAAGAGUUUUAUGGAGACAUUUAUAAAAAUACAAAGGAUGACAAAGUGAAGACUUUGAGGGACACAUACAAGGAUAGUCCUGAAAUGAAGACUGCCAUCCUGCAGGCCUGCAAGGCCAACAUACAGAAGAUCUUAGACAAAAAUCUACAUGAUGGAGAACUGUUCCACUCAACUCUGUACGACUACAUUCGUGAGUGCAGUGCGGAGGACCGUGUAGAGUUGAUCUCGACACUCAGUCCUCUCAUAGUGCCCCUCAGUAACUCGCUGCCAGGCGCCAAUGCGGCCUCCAUUUGCGUGUGGCAAGGUACCAACAAGGAUAAAAAGACUAUAUUGAAAGUGGUGAAGGAACAUGCAGUCGCACUCAGUAAACAUAAGACUGGCUAUCGGCUACUGAUCGCUAUAUUCGAUUCCGUUGACGACACGGUGCUAGUCAAGAAAGCAAUCGUGUCAACAUUAGCUAGUAACUUGAAGGACAUCGCUAAAGAUCACUGGGGUAAUAUGACCCUACAUUGGCUAGUGAAACCAAAAGAUUCAGGAGCUUUCCAUCCUACUUUCAUUAAGUUCUUGGAAGAGGGCGCUAAAAGCGGCACGUCCAAGAAAGAUGCGGAUCUUCGUGUGUCUGAACUGAGGGAAGCUAUCCUCCCAGCUUUGAAGAAGCAUAUGGAAGAAGAACCAGAGUUCUGGCUUAGCAGUAAAACUAAUAUGCUAUUGACCGUCGCGGUGUUGUCGAUAGAGUCAAACAAGGAAAUCCUGGAAGCUUUAGCCAAGGUGAUAUGUAAACCUGACUGGUGCAUCACUGCCGAUGGCAAGGAGUUGCUGGCAGUGGAAGAUGCGGGCAUUCACAUGUGUCUGAAGAAACUAGCGGCGCUCGACAAAGACAAGGACAGCGACACACUGGGUGAAGCUAUUGCUGAAAACUUAGAAAAUGAAACUAUCAAACUAUGGCUCCCAACCAACAGAGGAUGUUUCUUCCUUCUAAAAUUAAUAGAGAGCAAUGAAAACGCAGCUAGUGCUCUAAAAAAGAAGAUCAAAUCUCACGUGAAUAUACUGAAACAGCAAACUUCAGAAGGUGCAAAGCAUCUCUUACAAACUGUGCAGAAAAAAUAA